UCCUCCCAAAGCAGAGAAAAUGAAUCAGGGAGAAGGUGAAUUAAAUAUACCACGCACCUCUCUGUAAUUUGUUUUUACUUCUUAAAACAGUUCUCGUCCGCUGCUGUUCUUGGAACGCUUUCUGUCGCCCUUCACCUCCACCUCCGCAAAGCAGCGUCGCACACACCCAAGGAACGAAAAACUCCCGGCAGAGGAGAGGAAAAGCAGAGAGCGGAGAAGGAAGAAGAGAGGCGAGAGACAAACGCGAGAAAAUGGAGUCGCCUUCUGCACUGCCAUCUCUGGAUCAGCUUCUGAAGGAACAAGGAGCAGACCAGACACUUACAGACCUCAUCUUGGCUAUUCUUGACAGAUGCGGCAAAAUAGCGUCUGCGUUGCAAGGGACGUCAGUGGACAAAGUGGGCAGCGUCAAUGAAUUCGGCGACGAACAGCUGACUGUCGACGUGAUCGCAGAGAAUCUUCUUCGGUCGUGGGCUCAGAGCAGCGAAGGCUCUGCGGUCCGCGCCGUCUGCAGUGAGGAGGACAUCCACCUUCAGGAAUGCCAUAAAAAUGGAGAGUUUAUUUUGUGCUGGGACCCGCUCGACGGAAGCAGCAUCAUCGACUGCAACUGGGCUGUUGGAAGCAUCGUGAGCAUCUGGCGAAUCGGUCACCAUGGAGUCCAGUGGCAAGGCGCAGACACCCUGAUUCAGAAAACAGGGAGACAGCAGGUGGCGAGCUUGAUUGUGGUGUACGGACCUCGCACGACGGGAGUCGUGGCGGUGAACGUGGACGCAGGCGGCAUCGUCAAGGAGGGGACCGCCCUCGAUUUGGAGAUGAAGGACAACGGGAAGUUCAUCUGCAGAGGCAAACCGAUCAUCAAGCCGCAGGCAAAGAUUUUCUCUCCAGCGAAUCUCCGUGCCGCGCAGGACCUCCCGGCCUACAAGCAGCUCAUCGAGUUUUGGAUGGAGAAGCGAUACACGUUGAGAUACACAGGAGGCCUCGUGCCGGACGUUUACCAGAUUUUCGUGAAGCAGCAAGGCGUCUUCUGCAAUCCCGCGAGCAAGGCUGCUCCCGCCAAACUGCGCAUGUGCUUUGAAGUCUUGGCAAUCGCUCUCGUGGUCGAAGCGGCGGGCGGCCGAACGAGCAACGGCCAGAAAUCUCUUCUCGACGUGGCCAUUGAACACAUGGACCAUAGAUCUGCUCUGUGCUGCGGAAGCGCUGACGAAAUCAAAAGAAUGGAGGAAACGUUUGCUGCACUCUCCGGCUAGGGCGCCGAAAGCGACAUUUUUCUGCAAGGACGCUCGAGACAUUUACUCCCUCAAAGAAGCCUGCGCAGGGUUAAGCAAACGGCAACCUGUUUACGUGCAUAUAUGUACGUACGCACACUAGUUGUAUAUGUACGUACGCACACUAGUUGUCGCGCCUUAGUGGCGGGGAGGUGUUCGUAGUGCCGCAGAAUACACACUCUGAAAGCUUGAUCCUUCUUGCCACAAGGCUGCCAACGCAGAAGUCUGUGUGCAGUAAGUGUACAAAAACAUUUUGAGGCAGCUUUACACACACAGGCACUUGGACAUCUGCCGCUUCUUCAAGACCAGAAUGUCUGGGCAAAGAGACGGCCAGAUUUCCCCCGCACAGAAAAUCACAACUAGAUGAACGCCACAGACUUUCACCGGUGCGUGCGCAGCUGAUGUGAACAGCGGGCAGAAAAUAUCAACACUCGAUCUGAAGUUCCUUAUGGAUGCUGACUCUGCCCCGUCAUUGAACUGCGCCGCGUUCGUGUGCUUGGCAAGAUGCCAAGACCAGCAUCUGGCUUGACGCUGGGAAUAUUGUCUUUUCGAUCUUUGGCAUUGGCGUGUUCUUUCCCGUACAAGUUUUUAUAGAAUAGAUCUGAAUUUAUGCCGAGGAGGGCUUUCUCUGGAUUCUACAGACACUUGAAACACCGAAAAAUGACGUCACGUUUGUAGCUGCGGCGCACGUGGAUUGCGGGUACCCUGAUGUACAGCAGUGUGAAUCUGGGUUUUCUGCCGGAGGCAUCAAAAGGGAAAAUGCUUCAAAAGAACUUGCAAGACAAACUCAUACCAUCCCGCUGGGACUUCAUGG